AUGAGUCAUGCUUCGAGCCGUUCGUCCUGUCCACAAUUUCAUCUAGUAACGGAACGCACAUCUAACGUCUUUAUGGAAGCCCCCAAACCACCUGACACAGUCGAGCAUCCCAACUUUUUCACUUGUGCCGAUUUUAGCAACCACCGCAGCCGUUCCGUUCCUGUGUUCGGAGUUGGUGAGGGGGUCUUUCAAUGUGCUGAUUCAGGCAAGUACGAAUGUUAUAUCGCUUCUUCGCUUCCUGAAUUCCGUCCCGUUUCCAGUGAUCCCGUACAUUAUAAGGAUAGUACAGUUCUUCUAUCAUACUCAGCUGGAUUGUUAAGUGAACCGGAAUGCACUGAUGAAAGCUCCAUGAGAACUCCUAGUCCACUCGACACAGUCGUGCUUUUUGAUCUAUCCUGUCGUCGGAGUCGUUCCGGUCCUGCUGGCGAUGUGCGGCCAGGGGUUUCCCACCCACCUGCUCAAGGCAAGUACCAAAAAGUUACCGAUCUCGAUCCUGCUGAUGAAUCCUCGCCUUCUAGCGUACGUCGGUGUAGAAAAAUGUGUGUUUAUUACCAGAAUGUUGGUGGUAUUAACACCUGCAUCAACGAUUAUUUGCUCGCUUGUUCUGAUGAUUACUACGACAUCAUCGCUUUGACGGAAACUUGGCUUGAUGACCGCACUCUGUCCAACCAAGUUUGUGGGCAAAACUACGAAGUCUUCCGAACGGACCGAGAUCAGUUCAACAGUAUUAAGUCAUCUGGAGGUGGCGUUCUGAUAGCUGUCCAUCGACGUUUGAAAGCCCAGCUGAUUGCUGAAAACGCAUGGUCGUGUGUCGAACAAGUUUGGGUUUCGAUAAAACUAGCAGCGAGAGUUCUGUAUAUUUGCGUUGUGUAUUUUCCUCCCGAUCGCAUUCGAGAUACCGCAUUGAUCGACGUUCCUGUACAAUCGCUGUCAACAAUAGCUGCACGUGCGCUUCCAGCAGAUGAAAUUAUCAUCUUUGGUGACUUUAACCUCCCAGAUCUAAAGUGGCGAAUAGGGUCUGGAAGAUUUCUGUUCGCUGAUCCGGCCAAAUCGACGUUUCAUGCGGGUACGAACGCUUUAUUAGACGGCUAUAGCUCCAACUUGCUUCAGCAAAUCAAUUCCGUUAGUAAUGAGAACGGCCGCAUGCUCGACCUUUGCUUUGCGAGUAAAACUGACGAGGCUCCAACACUAUCGGUAGCACCAGCGCCUCUUGUGAAAUUAGUACCUCAUCACCCUCCACUAUGUUUAGCACUGGAAGUCUCUGCGAAUAGUUUCAGCGCCGUUCCUAUCGCCGUCUACUACGAUUUCAAUAAUGCUGACAUCAGUAGCAUAAUUAAUGUGCUCUUGAAUAUUGACUGGAACGCAAUUUUGGACAAGGACGACGUGGACGGUGCUGUUCAAACCUUCACGAACAUCAUAAGCUACCUAAUUGACAGGCAUGUUCCUAAGAAAAAUAGACAUUCAUCUACUCACCAACCGUGGCAAACCAUCGAAAUUCGACGACUCAAAACUGCCAAGAGGGCUGCACUCAGGAGAUAUUCAAAGAACCGUCUCCCAAUCUUCAAGCAACACUAUUUACGACUGAACCAUCAGUACCAAAGAACGUGCAAACGAUGCCAUGCAAUAUAUCUACGUGGGGUUCAAAGAAAGUUUAGAAGAGAUCCAAAAUCAUUUUGGAAAUACGUCGAUGAGCAACGUAAAGAGUCGGGACUUCCAUUAUCUAUGUUCCAUAACGGACAAAGCGCGUCUGAUGUUCAAGGGAUUUGCAAUCUUUUCUCAGCGAAGUUUUCAAGCCUUUUUCUCAAAUGA